GUGUCUGCAGAGCAGCGUCAACGGCUGGAGCAGAGCAGGCAGGCAGCGCUUGAGAAGAAGCGCCAGCGCCAGGCGUCGGCGGAAAUUCCCUGCGACGCCAACGCGCAGCCGGCCGGCGAAGCACCGCCGCCCUGCACCCAGGCACCGGCGACAGAGCCUGCAGUUGAAGAGCCGGUUGGGCCACGUCCGGUGACCAUUCAGGAGGUGGAUGAGGAUCUACAGUUGGGACCACUUGAAGCGCCGCUGCAAGGCAAGAUCGUGUACCGGUCCGACCACAAGACCGGGAAGAGCUUUCAUGUGCGCUUGGGCGACGCCACCGGCAAAGUCGACGUCAAGUUCUUCCAGGGGGAUUUCAAAGAGCAUCCGGGCCUCCACGAGGGAGCAGUCGUCCGCCUCAGUGGCUUCAAG